AUGGAAACCGAGAGCGACGUCGCCACGGACGACGAGAUCGCGUCGCUUCGCGCCGUCGUCUUCGCGAGCGACGCGGAGGGCGACGCGACGACGACGACGGAGAGUUCAACCGCGACCGCGAUCAAAAACAAAGAACUCGCUAUCGAACGACUUGGAAACGCGUACGCGUCGCGAGACGACGCGAACGCGUUCAAGACGCUGUUUAGCGAGCUGAGACCGAUGCUGGCGAAGGCGCCAAAGGCGAAGACGGCGAAAAUCGUGCGGGGAUUGAUUGAAAUCAUGGGAAGGAUUCGAGGACACGACGCGAUGCAGGUGGAGCUGUGCAGAGAGCACGUCGAGUGGGCGCGAGCGGAACGACGGACGUUUUUGAGACAUCGCGUUGAAUUGCGAUUGGCGACGUUGCAUCUGACGAUGCGGGAUUAUCCGGAGGCGUUGCGCGUCGUCGGCGCGCUCGCGCGCGAGGUGAAAAAGUUGGACGACAAGUUGUUGCUCGUAGACAUUCACUUGCUCGAAUCGAGGAUACACUACGCGUUGCGUAACUUGCCGAAGAGUAAGGCGGCGCUGACGGCGGCGAGGACGAAUGCGAACGCGAUUUACGUGCCGCCGAGCGUGCAGUGUCAAAUCGACGCGCAGAGCGGCAUUUUACACGCCGACGAGAAGGAUUACAAGACGGCGUACUCUUAUUUUUUCGAAGCGUUCGAGCAGUUAAAUUCGUUAGACGAGAAAUCUUCCGCGGUGACGGCGCUCAAGUACAUGCUGAUGUGCAAGAUUAUGUGCGGCCAGGCGGAGGACGUGAGCACGCUCAUCUCUAGCAAGGGCGGUUUGCAGCACCAAGGCGAAGCCUUGGACGCGAUGAAGGCGGUGAGCGAGGCGUACAAGGCGCGCUCGUUGAAGGAUUUACAGAACGUUUUGCGCGGAUACAGUGCCCAACUUGGUGACGACCCCAUCAUAGCUGCGCACCUGGGCAGCUUGCAAGACUCCUUGAUGGAGGAAAACUUGAAGCGUCUCAUUGAGCCCUUCUCGCGAGUCGAAAUCGCCCACGUCGCCGACUUGAUCGAGCUUCCCAUCGCUGAAGUCGAGAUGAAACUUUCGCAAAUGAUCUUAGACCGAAAAUUCGAAGGCAUUCUCGACCAAGGUACGGGUUGCCUCAUCGUCUACGACGACCCGAGCGCCGAGACGAUGUACAAAGCCGCCCUCGACGUCGUUCAAAACGUCGGCAAAGUCGUCGAUUCACUCACUGUCAAGUCUUCCAAAAUUGUCGCUUAG